CCUAACAUUCGCUCCCCAAACACGGAGCAACGUGGAGGUGUUGUGCGUUCGUCCGUUCUUCCCUUCAAGCACCGUUCGAAAGUGAUCACGGGCGGGUGUUUUUAAACGUAAAAGAUGUUUGUCACCGUCACACUGCUGGUGACGGCGAUCACGUUCGUGUACGUGUAUCUGGCAUGGUACAGCAACUACUGGACGAAGCGGGGCGUUCCGGGACCGGCGCCCCGGCUACUGUUCGGUAACUUUCCUAGCUUCAUCCUGCGCAAUCGCCCGUUCGUGGACGACUUUCAGGACAUUUACGACAAGUACCGCUCGAAGGGCAAUGUGAUUGGAGUCUUCAAUGGGCGCCAACCGGCAGUGCUGGUGAUGAAGCCCGAACUCAUCAAAGACGUGCUGAUAAAGAACUUUAAACAGUUCCAAGAUAACGAGUUUGCCGAUUCGGUCAGCAAGGACAGCGAUCCCAUCUUUGGCCGCAAUCCCUUCAUGCUCAAGGGCGAAGAGUGGAAGGAGAAGCGUGCCGAGGUGACGCCGGCCUUUACCACAUCCCGGAUGAAGGCCCUGUUUCCGUUCGUGGAGGACGUAUCGAACCGGAUGAAGCAGUACAUCGCGCAGCACACUACCAAGGGACCGAUCGAGACGCGUGAGCUCUGUGCCAAGUACACGACCGACGUCGUGUCGAGCUGCAUCUUUGCGGCCGACGCGCAAUCGUUCACCAAGGAGAAGGCCGAAAUACGCGAGAUGGGCCGGAAGCUGCUCGAGCCGAACUUCCAAAUCGUCGUGAUGUUUCUGCUGAUCGGGUUAAUACCGGCGCUCAAGAAGCUGAUCAAGAUUUCGUUCGUGUCGAAAGAGAUCGAACAGUUCUUUACCGAUCUGAUGGAGAAAGCGGUCGCCUACCGGGAGCAGAACAAUGUUAAGCGCGUCGACUAUCUCGAUCAUCUGAUGGCACUGCGCGCGAAGAAGCAGCUCAGCUCGCUCGAUAUGGCCGCGCACGGUGUGACCUUCUUCAUCGAUGGCUUCGAAACGUCCAGCCUGGCAAUGUGCUUUACGCUUUACGAGCUGGCCAGAAAUCCGGAUUGCCAGGAGACGCUCCGGAGCGAACUGAUGGCCGCUCGGAAUGAGGACGGCAGCAUCGAUUACGAUGCACUGCUGGAACUGCCCUACCUCGAUCAGGUGUUGUACGAGGCACUGCGCAUUUGGCCACCGGCCGCCUUCUUGUCGAAGGUAUGCACCGUGCCCACCGAGCUGGAGGUAACGGACGGCCAGAAGGUGCUGAUCGAACGGGGCCUGCCGGUAAUGCUGCCCGUGUGGGCCGUCCAUCGCGACAAGGAGUACUACGAGGAGCCAGAACGCUUCAACCCGGACCGCUUCUCGCCGGCAACCGGCGGCACCAAGGUGUACCGCGAGAAGGGCUGCUUCCUACCGUUCGGCGACGGACCGCGGCAGUGUCUCGGCAUGCGCUUCGCACUGAUGCAGGUUAAGCGGGGUCUGUUCGAGGUGAUCACCAAGUACGAGGUGUCGGUCAACUCGAAAUCGAAACAGCCAAUCCAGCUGGAUCCGAAAGCGUUCAUCGUGUGUCCGCUGGGCGUGGGAGUGUGUGUUGUGGCCUUCGUCGCAUUAGUGUAUAUAUUUCUUACGUGGGAGUUUGGAUUCUGGGAGAAGUAUGGCGUCAAGGGACCGAAACCGAAAAUACUGCUCGGCAACAUACCGUACUUGCUGACCAAAAAGCGGCACACUGUCUACAAUUAUGAUCAACUUUACAAUGACUUCAAAAAUGAACCAGCCGUCGGAUUCUUCAGUAUACGGUCGCCUCAGCUAAUGGUACGUGAUCCGGAGCUGAUCAAAGAGGUGCUGAGCAAAGGCUUCCAAAACUUUGCCGAAAAUGAUUUUUCGGACACUGUUGACGAAAAGUCCGAUCCGCUGCUGGCCCGCAAUCCGUUCAGCUUGAGUGGGGAAAAAUGGAAAACUCGCCGGGCGGAGAUUACCCCUGGCUUCACCAACAACCGGAUUAAAGCGAUGGCACAUUUGAUGGACGAAGUUUGCGAACAUAUGACCGAUUAUUUGCGAACCCAGGCCAAAUCCAGUGACGGCGUAGCAACGUUGGAUGCAAAGGAGGUCAUGGCAAAGUACACCACCGAUGUGGUGGCUAGCUGCAUCUUCGCCAUCGAUGCCCAGUCGUUCGUGAAAGAAAAUCCGGAAAUUCGUCUGAUGGGCAAGCGUAUCAUGAACUUUAACUUUGUCGUGCAGCUUGCCCUGCUGGUAACGACCUUCUUCCCGUCGGUGAAGAAAUUCUACAGGUUUACCUUCAUCCCGAAGGAUACGGAGCAGUUCUUCAUUCGCAUCAUGCAGGACGCGAUACGCUAUCGGAAGGAGAAUAAAAUCAACCGGACCGAUUUUCUGGACCAUCUGCUGCAGCUGCAGGAUCGCAAGCAGAUUACGGACAUCGACAUCGCCGGGCAUGGUGUGUCGUUCUUUGCCGAUGGGUUUGAAACAUCCAGCAUCGUGCUAACCUACUGCCUGUACGAUCUGGCCAAAUAUACGGCCAUCCAGCAGGAGCUGCGCGAUGAAAUUGCAAAGGCAAAGCAGGUGGGCGGUGGAACCAUGUCGUACGAGCAGCUGGGUGAAAUGGCCCUGCUGGAACAGAUUAUUUGCGAAUCUAUGCGCAUCCAUCCGCUGAUAGCCGUCAUGGCCAAGCGGUGCACCGCCGAUACGACGCUCGUCGGGCCGAAGGAUCGUAAAAUAUUCGUCAAAAAGGGUACAACCGUUGUGCUGCCGUACUAUUCGAUCUGCUUCGAUGCGGAACACUUUGCCGAUCCGUAUAAGUACGACCCGAAACGGUUCGCGGCCGAAAACGGAGGCAGCAAGGCGUACCGCGAGCGUGGCGUUUACUUCCCGUUCGGCGAUGGUCCGCGCAUGUGUCUGGGGAUGCGUUUUGCUGUGACGCAGGUGAGACGGGCGAUAGUAGAGGUAGUGGAACGUUUCUCAAUCUCUGUCAGCAGCAAAACGAUUGAACCGUUCGAAAUGGAUCCGGACCAGUUUAUGUUGAUGCCCAAGGGCAGCAUUUGGUUGGACUUUAAACCAAUUGCAUAAUACUGAGCACGCAUUUUUAUUCACGUUGACAAGGUGCAAUGUAUGUAACUCGGAGUAACAAUAUAAUAAGGUAAAAGUUUUGAAAACGAAAGCCUAAUUCAUAACAUUUCGUGAUACACGAAAACAGAGAGCUUCACAGAGAUGCAAGGAUCGACCUUUAUAGAAAAAAACGCUGAACCGUAAUAAAGCAACACACAAAACGUGAACAAAUUAACAGCAAAACAAUAAAAGAGUAAACAUACCUAAA